ACACACGAGAGAAUAAAAGUUAAUUACGUAUAUCAUUAUUAACCAAGAAGUGUAGGCGCACAUUGAAGUGUAGGGAAUGCCUAACAGGCAACCUCGCGAAUCAGCCAAAACCCUACAUAACAAUAGUUUAUUACAGUGAUCGCGAAAUGACACGAUCGUGAUUUUUUUUAUUUUGAGCAUGCGCGAAAAACCUACCCCAUGUAACAUCACUGGAUCGAAUUGGAGCGAAUCACAAGUGAUUUAUGACAAUUUAUAAGUAGCAGUUUACGCGAUCUCUAGAUACCACUGAUAUGAUAGAUGUGUGUCAUAAUCCUUAAUUAUAGUAACAAAAAAAAGGAUAUUUGAUAAUCAAAAAGAUUCUAUUAUUCUGUAAUUUCAUUUCUAUUAUUCAACUUGAAAGUAUUUCUGAGUAACCUCUUCAAAUGAUGAGUACUUUGGGAAAUUUCUUUAAGUUUAGUAUCUAUACAUGAUGCGAAGUACGUGGAGAGACAGAGAUCGGGACUUCAAAAAACAUCUUCCUGAUGGAGAAACUACGCAACAGCACUUAGCAGACUCUUUACAUUCAACACAAACUGUUACUCAACCAAUAACAGAGUUUGAUCCAUAUGCCGAAGAUGAUAUUGAUUGUGAUGAAGUAUAUCCAGCAAUCUAUAUUGGUGAUGCUGCUACAGCUAAAAAUAUAGUAUAUCUUAAAAGGUUGGGUAUAACACAUUUACUAAAUGCUGCACAAGGAAAAAAGUUUGGGUUUGUAAAUACUGAUGAGAGGUACUAUAGUAAUACAGCAAUAAAGUACCUUGGAUUACCUCUUGCUGAUUUAUGUACUACAGAUAUUAGUAAAUACUUUUAUACUGCUGCAACUUUUAUUGAUGAAGCUGUUUCCACAGGAGGAAAAGUAUUCGUUCAUUGUAUGUUAGGCAUUUCUCGUAGUGCAACAUGUGUGUUAGCAUACUUAAUGAUCAAAAAAGAAAUGCUAGCUGUCGAUGCGAUCCGAACAGUUCGUAAAAAUCGUUUUAUUGAACCAAAUAGAGGCUUUCUUCACCAAUUAGCGCAAAUAGAUAAUCACUUACGAAGACAACGUUUGUAAUCAAAUAAUACUGAUAAAACAUUGUAUGAGUGUAUAAUUUUAUAGAUCUGUAUUGUACAUACAUAAAUAUUUGCAUAUAAAAAUAGAAUUGCAUUACA